AUGUCAGAGGAAGCAGUUCUCCAAAAGGAGAGGUUCUUGCAAAAUGUGGGUAAAAGUAUAGAUACCCACGUUUCGAAAAUGCGAGAAAAUAUUGUAGACAUGCUGGCCUCUCACCUCAAUGAGCAGCAGGUUGCUAUAAAGAAAUCGCUGCAAGAUGAAGCGGAACGUCGAGAAAGGGUACUAAUGGAGAAGAAGAAGGAAACUGAGGUCUUGCUUCGUAUGGCGGAGAAUACUAGCCAAAAACAAACGACUCUUGUACGGCGCGUGACUGGUGCUUUGGGCGAUGUAUACAAGCAAAUGUUUUGUCAGCGUCUUUUUCGGCAUUGGUUACAUUGGGUUAUUCAGAAAAAGAAAAAACGACAACUUUCAGAUGUGACGAGUCGUACAGGAAAUAUACUUCGAACAUAUCAUGUAUACACACAGUGGCGACUUUUCGCUGCGGCACGUAGACAGCAGAGACUUGCUCUAGCUGAAGAAUCAAAAUGGAAAUCUCGUGAGACGGCGCUCUUUGCAGAGGUAGAGACUCUUAAAGAUAUCGUGGAACAGGAGCGACGUCGCAGUGAUGAAUUGGAAGAAGAAGCGAGAACUGCACUUGUACGUGGUGUAUGCGCGUUAAAUAGAGAAGCGGUGCAGUUGUUGAGGGGUACGCUGAGUACAGAGGAACCUGGAGUGGUUCCUACUCAGUUGUACGAUGCCAGAACUACACGUUUGCCAUCAACGCGGGCGAGUGGGACACCAAGUACUACCGCUAGGUUAGAACUACCGCCCGUUCAUGCAGCAGCAGCAGCAACAACAACAACAGCAACAGCAACAACAGGUGCAGCGACAUCAGUAACUGCGAAAACAAUAACAGCAGUUCCUCCAGCUUCAAUUCCAGUUCCACCUUCAUUUUUGCCAGAAGCACCUUCAGAACCAGUACCAGCUCCCAUUCCAGUUCCAACUUCAGCUCCAGCACCGCAAAGAGAAAGAGGAGUAUUACCAAUGGAAGCCCAAGCGGCACAUUCUCAUCAAACGGUGCCGCAUCCUUCUUUGAUGUAUCAAGAACUGUCACCCAGUCCACCAUGCCAUGUCUGCUAUGCUCCUGACACGUGCCCAUACAACACAGCUCAGGCAGCUCAUCAACCUUUUGUGGUAUCUGUCAAUCCUACUGCUGUUCGUAACUACGGGGUUACGCCUCUUUUUCAACGACCCACACACACUGGACGUGCAUCUUCUAGAACUGCACACCAGCGUUAUACGCGGUGA